AUGGCUCCAGCGGAUAUUGCAAUCGUCGGCAUUGCAUGCCGCUUUGCCGGCGAUGCCAAGUCUCCAGAAGCGUUCCAUGAAAUGCUACAGAGGGGGAAGGACGCUUGGAGCAAAGUCCCUCCUUCUCGCUUCAAUGCCGAGGCUCUUCACCAUCCGUCUCGCGAUCGCAGCGGCACUAUAGUGUGCAAUGGCGGCUACUUCAUCGACCAGGAUGUAUCGCGAUGGGAUGCCCCUUUCUUUUCUUGCUCUGCCGCGGAGGCCCGCGCAUUCGACCCUCAGCAGCGCCUGCUCCUGGAGGUUGCGUAUGAGAGUCUAGAAAAUGCGGGCAUGCCCAUCGAACGCAUGGCAGGCAGCGAUGCCGCCUGCUUCGUAGGUGGCUUCUCCGAGGACUACAAGAAUAUCGUUUCAAGAGACAUUCAUCUUGUGCCUCAAUAUGCAAAGACUGGCAACGCGCUAUCCAUGCUUUCCAACCGCAUUAGUUGGUUCUUCAACUUGCGGGGGCCGUCUGUAACUUGUGACACUGCCUGCUCUAGCUCGAUGGCGGCCCUGCACCUGGCUUGCGAGACGAUCCGGUCAGAGUCCAACCCGAGUCGCUGUGCCUUGGUUGGAGGAGCAAACCUCAUUCUGGACCCAGAUGACACAUGUGCGCUCAACGCACUCGGUUUUCUGAGCCCCGACGGGCGCUGCUUCUCCUUCGACUCGAGGGCAAAUGGCUACGCUCGGGGAGAGGGAAUAGGCAUGAUUGUUCUUAAGCACAUUGACGAUGCUCUGCGAGACGGAGAUCCAAUCCGUGCCGUGAUUCGCGGAACCGGUCUCAACUCAGACGGUCGAACUGCUGGCAUAGUCCUACCUAACGGAGAGGCUCAGGAAAGGUUGAUCCUCAAUACAUACCAGGUUGCUGGGCUCAGCCCCUCGGACACCCAGUACGUCGAGCUUCACGGCACAGGCACCAAGGUUGGCGACCCGGCCGAGGUUGGAGCCGUCGCCAGAACAAUUGCUGCUGGCCGGAGCGAAACACUCUAUUGCGGCUCGGUCAAGUCGCGAAUCGGGCACACGGAAGGAGCAGCCGGCAUCGCGGCCAUCAUUAAAUGCGUGCUCUGCCUGGAAAAGGGCGUCAUCACCCCCAACCUCAACUUUGUAAAGGCCAACCCUCGACUGCGACUCGAAUCAUCGGGCAUCGCGAUACCCACGUCUACGAUACCAUGGCCAGACUGUGAAGUGCGGAGGUGCUCGAUCAACAACUUCGGCUUUGGCGGCACAAACGCACACGCUAUUCUAGAUGACGCGCACAAUUACCUCCGUGUACGAGGCAAACUAGCUCCUUCAAGCACGCCGGCAAGGGAGAACCAUCAACUCUUUGUUCUUUCGGCUCCCGAGCAAGAUGCCAUUCCGAGGCAGCGCCGGGUGCACGCUGACUACGCCAAGUCGCGCUGCGGAGAUGACAGGCUGGCGCGCCUUGCCAACACCCUGAGUGAACGACGAUCCGUGUUUCAAUGGCGGCAUGCCGUCGUUGCGAGCUCGGUCGAGAACCUCGUGGCUCAAUGGCGAGACGACAGCGUCAGGCCGGUCAAGGCCGAUGCCUGUCCCAACGUGGCCUUCAUCUUCACCGGGCAAGGCGCUCAGUGGUACGCUAUGGGCCGCGAGCUGGUGUCAUUCGACGUCUUUGCGUCCUCUGUCCGCGAGUCUGCCGCGUGUCUGACUGAGCUGGGCUGUCCGUGGGACGCCUGGGCCGAGCUGAUGGCACCAGAGUCCGGGUCCAAGGUGAACAAGGCCGAGUACUCGCAGCCUCUGUGCCUGGUGCUCCAGAUUGCACUCGUCGACCUUGCCGAGCAGUGGGGUGUCAAGCCAUUUGCCGUGGUCGGCCACUCGUCGGGCGAGAUUGCCGCGGCAUACGCCGCGGGCGCGUUGUCUCGCAAGGAUUGUUUGAAGGUUGCGUACCAUCGCGGCAUUGCCUCCAACUUGGCCAAAGCACGCAAUCCAAACGGCUCCAUGAUGGCUGUGGGCCUGCCAGCGGCAGAGGUUGAGACGUAUCUGGCUCGCACAGGCGGAGCGGUUGUUCUCGCAUGCAUUAACAGUCCCGAAAGCGUGACACUGGCUGGUGACAGGUCGGCAUUGGAAGGCCUCGAGUCAAUUUUCAAGGACGAAAAGAAGUUUUGCCGUCUGCUGCAAGUCGAGAAUGCCUAUCACAGCCCUCAGAUGUACAGCGUUAGCGACGAAUAUCUGGAGAGCAUCAGCGACAUCUCUCCCAAGGGGGACUCGUCAGUCAUGUUCUACUCGACGGUUCAUGGCCGCCAAAUUUCGACGUCUCGGCUCACAGCCGACUACUGGGCUGACAACAUGUGCUCGACUGUCCGAUUCGUCGACGCCCUGGACGAUAUGAUGUAUGCAUCCACUGUCGAGAUGCAGCGCCAGACCAAGUCCAAAACGCCGAGUUUGUUCCUCGAGAUUGGUCCUCACGCUGCACUGGCGGGUCCAAUCAAGCAGUUCAAGGCUGCUCGUGGCAGUCUGGAGCAUUUGGCGUAUCAUUCCCUCCUUGUGAGAGCUCAGGACGCGGUUGCGACUGCCGUGAGCGCGGCAGGAUCUUUGUGGACCAAGGGGGUCCCAGUGAAGCUGAGCAAAGUCAAUAACGCUGGCAUGUCAGCUGAGGUCCUGGUAGACCUGCCCUCUUACCAGUGGAAGCGCUCGACCUCGUACUGGCACGAGAGCCGACAGUCUAGAAACCACCGUUCACCGCAGUUCCCCAAACACGACCUCAUCGGCACAAGAUUGGAUUCUUACAACCCUCUAGAGCCUGUAUGGAAGAAUCACUUGCGUAUCGCCGACCUGCCUUGGCUUCAAGACCAUCAGAUCCACGGCGACGUUGUAUUUCCCGCUGCCGGAAUGAUUUGCUCGGUCAUUGAAGCCGCCCAGCAAACAGUGGACGCCGAGGAAUCCGGUGACGAGAUUCUGGGAUUUGAGCUGCGCGAGCUAUCUGUAUCGAAGGCCCUCGUGAUCCCCAACAACGAAACCGGGGCCGAAAUCUACGUCAGUCUCAGGCGGAGAAAGGUCGGCAUGGGCAGCAGCGCAGGGCCUUGGUAUGAGUUUUCAUAUUAUUCGUGCCAAGAGGGAGAUGUAUUUGUCGAGCACGCCGCCGGCCUGUUGCAAAUUCAACGGCCCAAGGAAGUCACCGAAGUCGACGGGGGCAGGGAAGCCAAGGAAGAAAUCCUGACAUACCGAAGACGAUGGGACAACAAGCGCGCAAUGUGCGAGAAGGCAGUGUCGCGCUCAAGCCAUUUCGAGUUCUGCGAGGAUCAGGGACUCAGUUUUGGCAAGUCCUUCCAGGGCUUAACGAGGGCUCGGCAAAAUGGCCUCACUGUUGCCUUUGAGACAAAGAUUGCGGACACGCGCGCGUGCAUGCCAGAGUUUCGGGAGAGCGACUACGUCAUACAUCCCACAACACUCGAUUCCAUGCUACAGGCCAUGUUGAUCGCCAUCCCCAGAAUGGACAACAUCGAGAAGCAAGUCUGGGUCCCCACAGGCGCAGCUUCAAUUCGCAUCUCUAGUGACAAAUCUCGCACAUACGGGACAGCGUUGCAUGGCGUCGUCGAAGCCUCGCACACAGGAGUUCGCGAGAUGACGGGGUCUUUCCUCGUCAAUAAUGCCAAGCAACUUGAGGACUCGCAUCCGACAGUUAUUAUUGACGAUUUCAAGUUCACUGGGCUUGGGGCUACACAGCAGUUGACUCCGUCAUCCAACGACUCGUGCUCCAGGCUAUAUGCGUCGGUCGCUUGGAAGCCGGACCUGAGUCUUGUCGAUGGCCAGGCUCUGCGAAAAUUGGCCCAGGCCGAAGACGAUGCUGGCGACAUGGUGCAAUUCUGUUCGACAGCCAACAGUCUUGUCAAUGAGCUGUGCAGACUGGCUCUUCCAGCUCUUGACUGUGGCUCCGAGUCUCUGCCUCCUCAUCUCCUGAAGUACGCUGCGUGGAUGCAGACCAGGUGCAGCUACAAGACCACAGGAAUGGUUACGCCUCCCGCGAGGCUGGACCUGCCCUGCGCAAACAACGCUAUUCUGGAGCCCAAGGAAAUGGCAGCCUUCAUUGACAAAUAUCCCGUCGACGGCAAGCUACUCCUUCACGUCUUUCGAUCCCUGGGUGCAGUUUUUGCAAAAGAGACGUCCCCCAUCGCGUCCCUGAUGGAGAACGAGAACUUCUCAAAGUUUUAUCAACAGGCCUACGGCAUACAUGUCAACAUGCGGAUGUUGAAGUCCUGGUUCGACCUCAAGGCUCACAAGCAGCCAGGGCUCCGCAUCAUUGAAGUGGGCGCAGGGACUGCUUCAACCACUCUGCCAGUUUUACAGCAGCUUGGGCGGGACGGCGACACGUCUCCUAGCUUUUCUCAAUGGACAUUUACUGACAUCUCUGCUGGAUGGUUUGAGAAUGCCAAGGAGACACUGCACGACUGGAAAUCUCGUGUUGAAUAUAAGGUCCUGGACAUUGACAAGGAUCCCCUUGACCAGGGUUUCGACCUCGAGUCGUACGACGUGGUUCUCGCUGUCAAUGUCCUCCACGCGACGAAGGAUGUCAACAGGACGCUGCAGCACUGCAACAAGCUGCUCAAGCCUGGCGGUAACCUUGUCUUGGGCGAGUACACCAACACGAGCGAUUUGGCGCACUUCAUCUUCGGUACUCUGCCUGGAUGGUGGGCCGCUGAAGAUGGCAGGCUUGGUGGCCCAUUGCUCACCCAGUCUCAAUGGCACGAGGCCCUCCAGAAGGCGCGCUUUUCGGGUGCCGACAUGUGCCUCGCGGAUAACGACGAUCCGAGCGCUCACAGAAUGUCGACAAUCAUCAGCACGAAGCCACGCAGCAAGAUCUCGGGCAAGGAUAUAAUUGUGACAGUGGCACCUAGCUGCAGUGGGUCAACAAAGGUGCUGGCUUCAAAUAUCUGCCGUCAUUUCCAUCAACGGGGACAUAAAGCGACCGUCAAAGACAUCUCAAACGCAGUAGCCGAGGCGAGCGGCAAGACUGUUGUCGCGCUUCUCGACUACGACGAACCUUUUCUUGAAAAUGCUCGAAAAGUCGACUUCGAGAACGCCAAGCAUAUCCUUAUUCACAGUCGCGAGCUGCUUUGGGUUACCCGGUCCGACCCUGCGGAUAUGCCAGGACAGCCGGCGAAGCGGAUUGUGUCUGGGCUCAUGCGCUGCCUGAAGACGGAAGACUCAUCUCGCCGGCUGUACGAGCUGCACUUUUCUCGUCCGCUCGACUUUGAUGCAGAGUCCGUUGGCGUUGCUGUAUACCGGCGUCUUUCCACCAUCUGGGAUGCCGCCAAUGACCACGGCGUUCUCGAUGAGAUGGAGACGGCGGAACGAGAAGGGCACUACUGCAUCCCCCGCUAUGUGCCCGACAAGGCCAUGAAUGACAGUCUUUCACUCGGCCAGCCCGGCAGACUCGAUACGCUUCAGUUCGUCAACGACAACACCGCAUCGCGGCCCUUGCUCGAUGAAGAGGUUGAGAUUGAAGUGAAGACAUGCGGACUUAACUUCCUGGACAUCAUGAUUGCUAUGGGCCAGAUCCAGCGGCCCGGCCUUGGCCACGAGGCGGCCGGCGUAGUACGCCGCAUAGGUUCCAGAGUGACCAGAGUCUCUCCCGGGGAUCGCGUUGUAUACAUCGGCCAAGGAGCCAUGCGAACUAAUAUUCGCUCCCACGAAUCGGCCAUCCACAAGCUGCCAGAUAGUAUUUCCCUGGAAGAAGGUGUCUCGAUCCCCGUCGUUUAUGCUACUGCAUACCAGUCUCUCGUCGAAAUAGCGAGAUUGCAAAAGGGAGAAUCCGUACUGAUACACGCCGCUGCCGGAGGCUUGGGGCAGGCGCUCAUUCAAAUCGCCAAGAUGCUGGAGGCCAAUAUCUAUUGCACGGUGGGCACCGAAGCAAAGAAGCAGGUCAUGUUGGCUCUAGGUAUUCGACCAGACCAUAUUUUCAGCUCGCGAGACCUUUCGUUCGCCAAGGGCAUCAAGCGCGUGACAGACGGUCGGGGAGUUGACGUCGUUGUCAACUCUUUGGCAGGCGAGGCGCUGCGUCAGAGCUGGGGGUGUCUGGCUCCAUAUGGGCGGUUCAUCGAGGUCGGGAAGAAAGACAUCCUGGGCAACAGCGGGCUCGACAUGCAACCCUUUCUCGACAAUGUCAUCUUCGCCGGCGUCAACCUCGAGGCCAUGAUGGUCAAGGAACCACUUCGGUGCUCCAAGCUAGUGUCCAAAGUGCUCGACUUGUUUGAGCAGGGUGCCAUCGAUUUGAUACGCCCCAUUUCAGUCCACGACUUCAGCGACGCCGAAUCAGUUUUCCGGGAAAUGCAGCGAGGAAGCCAUAUCGGCAAGUUGGUUCUCCGAGUCACGCCCGAGUCUCAAGUGGCCAUAAUACCACCGAAAACAGUCCCUCUACGUCUCAAGUCAGACGCGACUUAUCUGCUAGUCGGCGGCUUAGGGGGCUUGGGGCGAGCCCAAGCACUCUUCAUGGCAGAGAACGGGGCUCGCAAUCUCGCGUUCAUCUCUCGGAGUGGUGGCGCUCGAGAUGAGGCCAAGAACCUCAUAGCCAAGUUGGAAGCGUCUGGUGUCACGGUCAAGACAUAUGCGAGCGACGUUGCCGACAAAGCUCGGCUUAGGGAAGUCAUUGAAGACAUUUCUCAGAGCAUGCCGCCUAUUCGGGGAGUGAUCCAGGGCGCAAUGGUACUCGCCGACAGCCUCUUCCACAGGAUGAGCUACGAUCAGUGGGUGACUGCCACAAGGCCCAAAGUGCAAGGAAGCUGGAACCUCCAUGAGCUUCUGCCCGUGGACAUGGACUUCUUUAUUGUUCUCUCGUCCCUGGCCGGCAUCAUUGGCUCUGUCUCACAAGGCAACUAUGCGGCUGGAAAUACGUUCCAGGACGCGCUGGUGCACUACCGACAGCACAAGGGCCUGCCGGCCCAGAGCCUUGAUCUAGGCAUCAUGAAGAGCAUCGGUUACGUGGAAGAGCACGGCGAUGUUGGAGCCCGUCUCAGUCAGUUUAAACUGGCCAGCGUUGAGAAGCGCCACUUCAUGCAUCUCCUGCGAUGCGCACUGGCCGGCACUGCCAAUGGCGAUACCUCGAUGGCGCCGCAGUUGCUUGUAGGGGCCGGCAGCGGGGGCAUCGAGCAGGCCACGCGAAAGACGGAGCCAAAUGCCGACUUCUACUGGUUGCGCAUGCUGGCACAGUUUGCCCAUCUUCGGCAGACAGACAUCAAGAACACGGAUGCAGUUGAUGACGACGACGGGCAGCACGGCGGGGAGAGCAAGAUGAUCGAUCAGCUCAAGCUCUGCAAGUCCUUGGACGAGGCCAACGAGGCUGCGCAGAGUGUUCUGCUAGCUAAAAUUGCCAACAUCAUCUCGAUCCCCGUGGCUGACAUCAACACAGCCAAGCCGCUGUACACAUACGGCGUUGACAGUCUGGUGGCUGUCGAAUUGCGCAACUGGUUGUCCAUGGAGGUCAAGAGCGAUCUGAGCAUCUUUGAUUUGACGAGCGGCGCCCCCAUCAGCGACGUGAGCAAGAAAAUUGCCAGCAGGUCGCAAUUAGUUGCCGCUGUCGUGAGAUCUUGUUAG